CCCGUGGUGCCCCGCGCGGCGGGCAGCAUGGAGGGGCGCGUGGCGGAGGGUCUCCGCGGCGCCUUAGGCCCCUUCGGCUUCGAGGUGCACGCCUUCAAGGUUGGAUGGUACAAUGCUGUUCUCCAGCCAGCCUUUCACCUCCCCUACCCAGAUGACACACUGGCCUUCGUGGUCCUCAGCACACCUUCAAUGUUUGACAAAGCCCUUAAACCUUUUGUGAACAAAGAGCAGUUAAAAAUAAUCAGGGAUCCUGUGGAUCAGUGUGUUUCUCAUCACUUGGCACGGGUGAAGGAGAAAUUCCCUGACCAGAAGGUGGACGUCAUCUUUGAUUACGAGAUCCUGCCAAGCCGAAAGCCCAAGUUCUUGGCGCAGACAGCUGCCCACGUGGCUGGAGCCGCAUAUUACUACCAAAGGAAGGAUGUGAAGCUUGAUCCUUGGGGGAAAAAGAAGAUCUAUGGUGUAUGUAUCCAUCCCAAGUAUGGCGGUUGGUUUGCUAUCCGGGGUCUCCUCGUGUUUCCAGACAUCCAGGUACCAUUCCUGGAACAGUCUGCCCCCAUCGACUGUGUGAACACAGAGGAAAAAAGAAUUGAGUUGCUGGAGGAAUUCAAUUUCCACUGGCAGGACGGCCGCUACAGGGACAUCAUUGAAGUGAAGGAAAGGUAUUCGGAGGAGCAAAAAGCCUAUUUUGCCACUCCUCCAGCGGAGAGAUUCAAGCUGCUAGGGCUGACACAAGAAGCCCAGAGAAGCACAUUUCACUGAGUAACACGGCUCCAGGAAAGGACAGAGGGGAAGCAAAGUGUAACUCCUCAGCACCUUCUUUUCCGUGGUGCUGAGGAGGAAGUCGGGCUGAUACAGAGAUGGCAGAUCCAAGCAGCUUGUGCAGCGUCUCAAUCCAAACAUCAGCUUCUCGGAAGAAGAGGGAGCACUGGAGCACUGCAUCACAGUGCUUGUGGUCUGGAGGAAGGUAGGAGCGGUCCGUUCUCUGUUGUUGCUGGUUUGAUAUGUCUUUUUGGGAGUCUGGUAAGAUGCUGAUUAGCCUUUGGUUGGGAAAAGUUCAGACACUGGCAACCGGAAAACCUGUGCUGCUCAUUAGAGAAGUCAGUUUUGGUCUAAAGAAUUUCCUUUCCAAAUGUUUUGGUUUUAUUCUGGGUAAGACUAAAAAAAGUUAAUUUUCUGUCCUUGUACUCUGAAAUAUUUUGGUUUUCCUCUGAACUCGGGGCAGAUACUUUUUUAGAUGCAUCCAGCAUUUAUUACCCUUGUGUCAUAGCUCUCCCUAGGGAAUAAGUGUUCAGUCAUUUCAGUCUUUCCUUCCUCAGAAAGAAGAUUUGUCCAGUAUUCCUUCACUUGCAGUGAAGCUGGCUGAAUUUAAUUUAAAAAUCUUUUAAUGUCUCCUUUCUUAACACCCAAAAGAAAAUUCUCCAGAGAUUGUUUUUCACUGGUCCUGUAUGUGGAGCGGG